AGAAUCAGGGCGUUGUGACUGCAGUAGUGAGUAUAUGACGACCAUAGUUUCACCCGGCUUUCCCGAUCAUUAUCCCUCUCUAACACACAAGGAAUGGACUGUGGAUGUACCUAAAUUUUACAAGGUCCAUAUAGUCGUCAAUGUUCUCUCGAUUGAACGUGUAUGGGACACUCUCACAUUGAUACAUAUCCCACUUGCUCUCCCACAUGAUGGUAUUGAAUUUCUAUUGGUCAGUGCUAAUGUGACGUCAUUGAUUUUACCUUCUGGAUCGGUAGUGAUCGAAUUCUGUAGCGAUGACCGUGUGGAAGAUAAUGGUUUUGCGUUUGAUUUCCGACUCAUGCCAAUACGCGAUGGUAAUAACAUGUCAUGUGAAAAGAUAGCUGAGGACACGGAAUUCGCUUGCUCAUCUGGAAUGCAAUUCGUCGACAUCAUCGCAAGGUGUGAUGGGAAGGUUGACUGUCAUGAUGUUUCAGACGAAGUCGGCUGUGGAAGUUGUCCAUUGAAUGGCUACCAGUGUAAAGGGAGUGAUAUCUGUCUCCUGAUGGAGUUCCUGUGUGAUGGUUGGUCUGAUUGUCCUCUAGGAGAUGAUGAACACAAUUGUUCCCUUCAAUGUCCCACCGGAUACACGUGUGGUCACUCACCAUAUCAUAUCAAGUAUGAACCGAGACACGACUGUGGACCAUCAGACUGGUUACCUUUCUGGGUUAAUGCUUCAAGUGCCUGGAGAACAGACUACGGUAACAUCACCGCUAAACUUGCAACUAUUCUCAACCUUCGGGAAAUUUAUCAUGAAACGUUGGAAGUUGGAACAUUUGUCGAUCUUCCUAAUCUUAGCUUGCUUGAUAUGACACAUUGUGGAUUAACACAUCUAACCCCUGGAGUUUUCGAUGGCUUAGUCAGACUCAAGAAACUAAUCCUGGCGCACAACAAAAUAACUUUCAUUGAGGCCUGGACUUUUAAAGGUCUUUCUUAUUUGAAUUAUUUGUACUUGGAAUCAAACGCGAUUCAUGAAUUCAGUGAGGGUUGUUUCAAAGGCCUCGUCCGUAUUAAGUCUAUAGACUUGGAAAACAAUACAAUAUCUCAUGUCAGGGCUGGUGCCUUCAAAGAUGUUGGUCAAACACUCGAACGAUUCCUACUGCAUGGAAACCUUAUGACUUCAAUUAAUGCUUCAAUGUUUACUGGCUUACGAAACCUACAGAGGAUAAAUUUUAACAACAAUCAAUUAAGAUACAUUGAACCGGGAGCCUUCCACAAUCUAUCUACUGUGACUGAUUUAGUAAUUUCAUCGCUGAGUCCGGAACCAUACCUUCUUUACCCCGGCAUAUUUGAUGGACUGGAUUCCUUGACGGCUUUAUAUGUAUAUGAUCAGCGUUUAUGCUGCCUGUUACCGACUUACGUUCUUUGCGUUGUCCAGAAGCCUGCUCACCCUCUCUUCACCUGCCGAAAAACCUUUCUUCAGAACACAACCAUCAAGGUUUUCAUAUGGAUCCUUGGUUUGAGCGCCCUUUUCGGUAACAUCUUUGUCAUCACCUUGAGAAUCAGAAGCCGUUCAGUGACAACGGUUGGUAAGAUCCAGUCCAUGUUCAUCACUAACCUAGCUGUGUCUGACUUCUUUAUGGGAAUCUACAUGGUACUCAUUGCAGUCAUGGAUAUCUACAUUGGGGAAUCCUAUUUCUGGGAAGGUCGUGCUGAUGAAUGGCGCUCCAGUGUCACUUGCCAGAUUGCAGGAUUCCUAUCUGUCCUUAGCAGCGAAGCAUCGGUCUUUCUCCUGACCUUGAUAACAGCUGAUCGUUUCAUUUCCAUAGUAUUUCCCUUCAGCCAACACCGCCUUAGUACCACAUCUGCCCGUCUUGCUCUUAUUGUCAUCUGGAUAGUCGCAAUUUCUCUAAGUCUUAUCGGUGUCCUGCUGAACAAUGUAAUACCCGAUGCCUAUGGUCUUAGUGAUGUCUGCGUUGGUCUGCCAUUCAUCAGGAAAUCAACGGACAUCUCUACUGUAAUUGACCAGCGUUCAUCUGCCCAGUACAACACUGUGAUCUACAAUGUUGCAUCAGGAUCCACAGUCUCGACAUGGCAGUUCUCCAUUUUCUUGUUCCUUGGAGUAAACCUCUUUAGCUUCAUCAGUAUCCUCUUCUCUUAUAUCAUUAUUUUCAUCAAGAUUCGUCUGGAUCAGGCCGAAGUCGGUCGCAGGGCAGAAGCUUCUAACGAAAUCAAGAUGGCCUUGAAGAUGUUCUUGAUCGUCGGCACCGACUUUUGCUGUUGGAUGCCCAUUAUCAUUCUUGGUAUUCUCGUCCAGACGGUCGGGGUUGAUGUUACACCAGAUAUCUACGCCUGGUUGGUGGUGUUUGUUUUACCAAUCAACUCAUCACUUAAUCCCUAUCUAUACACCAUCAUUCACAUGUCAUCGAAGAGAUCUUCAAAUGAGAAGAGCAAGCAGACGAUUAUUAGCAUGGUUACCCGUGACUAGGAUUGAACACAAUGUCACUAAGAGGCACAAAUGAUAAGGAAAGGGCGCCUGUGGUCCAUGGAAUCCCCCCCCCCCCAAAAAAAAGG